GGCAGAGGCAGGCGGAUUUCUGAGUUCGAGGCCAGCCUGGUCUACAAAGUGAGUUCCAGGACAGCCAGAGCUAUACAGAUAAACCCUGUCUUGGAAAAACAAACAAGCAAACAAACAAACAAACAAAAACAACAACAAAAAGCAUUAUUAGCAAACGUAAUGGUUCUGUUUAAAACCCACUCAUAACAGCCCCCAUAAUUAAUGUCCCAACUCCCCGUGGUUGCCUAGGAGAGACCCCCCCCCCCAGUGUGCCCUCUGCCCACCCUUUAGUUCUCCCCCCAACCCCCUUCACCAUUCUGGAGACAUCUGAAUUCCAUCCGUCACUCUACAGUCUACUGUCUUCCAUGGGCUGUUUUUCCUUUUUGGAACCUUCUGCUCUUGCAGCUGCGUCUGCCUUAUGAAGCGCUCAAUCUUAAGUUCCUGCCACAGGAAAUUUUUUUCUGACGUGAGAGCCAAAGUUGGCUCCUGCAGUGGUUCUGUAAUUCACCAUGUAUUAGUGCCUUGAAAAUCAUUUGAAAUGAUUGUGUCUAUUUAUAGCUAACAAGGGGUCAAGAUAUUGUCUUCCUUAUUAUAGUGUCCCAAGAAUAUAAGUAUUUGUCACAUAGUGGGUGCUUAAACAUGGUUGCAUGCCCAUCGUGUGCAGGUACGCCUGCAAGCCUCAGGUGUGGUCUUGAGCUCUGGCAGCAGUACAGGUGCACCGCAGGGACAAGGGAUGAGGAAACAUGUUUGUUCACUCUCUUUGGGAGCUUCUUGGUUUGACCCCUCUUCCCUCUCAACCCUCCUGUUAUACCACAGACCUGGGCGGCCCUCCCCUGUACCCAGGCCCCACUGGAAGUGCCCGCAGCCCUAGCUCUCCCUAUUCUGUGGAGACGCCCUAUGGCUUCCACUUGGACCUGGACUUCCUCAAAUACGUGGAGGAAAUCGAGCGUGGCCCUGCCUCUCGCCGAACUCCAGGACCUCCUCAUGCACGCCGCCCGCGCGCGUCUCGAACGGGCCUCGCGGGAGCGCGGAGCCCAGGAGCUUGGACUUCCAGCGAAUCCCUGGCCAGUGACGACGGCGGAGCCUCGGGUGCACUCUCUCCUGGUGCGUUCCCGGGGCUCUCGCUACCUCCGCUGUCGCCACGCUCCUUGUCGCGCAAUCCGCGCGUUGAGCACACGCUCUUGGAGACCAGCCGACGACUGGAGCAGGCGCAGGCUCGGGAGCGCGCGCUCAGCCCGGCCCGCGCAGUCACACGCAGUCCGCGCGGGUCCGGCCGUAGCAGCCCCGCCCCUAACCCCGCCCUUGCCUCCCCGGGCCCUGCCCAGCUGCAGCUAGUGAGGGAGCAGAUGGCCGCGGCGCUGCGGCGCCUGCGUGAGCUCGAGGACCAGGCGCGCGCUCUGCCCGAGCUGCAGGAGCAGGUGCGCGCGCUGCGUGCCGAGAAGGCGCGGCUACUGGCCGGGCGCGUGCAGCCAGAACAAGAAGUAGAGAUCGAGGCGCGCCCAGACAAGCUCGCCCAGCUUCGGCGCCUCACCGAGCGUCUGGCCACCUCGGAUCGUGGAGUGCGCUCCAGGGCUAGCCCCCGGGCAGAGGAUCCCGACGGGUUGGCUGCCAGGCGCAGCGAAGGAGCGCUGCAGGUGCUCGACCCGGGGUCUAGGACACCCGAUGGGGAACCCCGGACUCGGGAGACGGGCACCGAAGUCGUGCCUGAGACCCGAGAGGUGGAUGCCCAGGCAGUACCCGAGACAGGGGAGGCUGGAGUGGAGGUGGUCCCUGAGACCGUUGAGGUGGACACGUGGGUGACUGAGGAGCUCCUAGGGUUGCCUGAGGCUGCAGAGCGUGAGCUGGAGCUGCUCCGCACCAGCUUGGAGCAUCAGCGAGGGGUGAGCGAACUCUUGCGGGGCCGAUUGAGGGAGUUGGAGGAGGCCCACGAGGCCGCAGUGACCAGGCCUCAGUCUCGCGACGUUGCUGCCCAGACUACAUUGGGUUGCACUGAGAAAACCACACAGACAGAGCUGCCAGUGGAGAACCAGCCCAGACCCACGGCUGGAGACGAGAUGGCCCCUGUUGGCAUCCUCAAAUCCAUCAUGAAGAAGAAAGAUGGUAUUCCAGGUGCACAAUCCAGUCAGGGACCCAAGAGUCUGCAGUUCGUUGGGGUCCUCAACGGAGAGUAUGAGAGUUCCUCCAGUGAGGAUGGCAACAGCGAUGAUGAAGAUGGUGUUGCUGAACACCCCAGGAGUAGCUCUUCUGGAUCAGAUGAUAGCAGUGGGGGAUCUGACGCUGGAACCCCUGGCCCCCACAAUGACAAAGAUGCUGGGGACUGCGAGCUUGAGACACAUCCAGAGCUGACGGCAGGGAGAGAAGGGAGGUGUGAACUGAACCCCCGUUUGAGGGAGGCUUGCAUUGCUCUGAAUCAGCAGCUGAACCGGCCACGUGGAGUCACCAGCAGAGAUGGCAAUGCAGCACGCCUUGUGGCCCAGGAAUGGUUUCGAGUGUCCAGCCAAAAACGCUCUCAGGCAGAGUCUGUGGCUGGGGUUCUUCGAGGGGUGAAAAGCCUGGGGCCUGAGCUGCUGGCUUAUGUGGUGAACCUGGCUGAUGGCAAUGGAAACACAGCUCUGCAUUACAGCGUGUCUCAUGGGAAUCUCGCCAUUUCCAGCCUGCUACUGGAUACAGGGGUCUGUGAUGUGAAUCACCAGAAUAGAGCUGGCUACUCUGCCCUCAUGUUGGCUGCACUCACUUCUGUAGGACAAGAGGAGGAAGACAUGGCUGUGGCCCAGAGACUUUUCAGUAUGGGUGAUGUCAAUGCCAAGGCUAGCCAGACUGGACAGACAGCCCUCAUGCUGGCCAUCAGCCAUGGCCACCAGGACAUGGUAGCUGCCUUGCUAGAAUGCGGGGCUGAUGUCAAUGUACAGGAUGCUGAUGGGGCCACAGCACUGAUGUGUGCCAGCGAGUAUGGACGCCUUGAUACAGUUCAAUUGUUGUUGGCCCAGCCAGGUUGUGACCUAACCAUCUUAGACAAUGAGGGCACAAGUGCCCUGGCCAUUGCACUGGAGGCUGAACAGGAUGAGGUGGCUGCACUGCUCCAUGCCCACCUGACAUCAAACCACCAGGGACAGUCUUCCACAGGGUCUCCCACUGCAAAGGAAUGCAAUGACAAAUGAGGAACCUCUACCUCUGUGAGCUGCUAACUACAUCUAGACUCUCUCUGCUGUCUGAAUCACAGCAGGGCACCUUGAGAAGAUGCUCCCUCUAGCUUGUUAGGAUGCUGAGGGGAAAGAGUGAGGCAAAGCCUGGGUAAUGCCAUAUCCCUCAACUCACUUCAUGAAACAUCCUAAUAAAAGUAUUUCUACUAAGUU